AUGUCCGAGGCUGACCUCACCGCGCUUCUCAAAGAGCUCAGUGCAUCAAAUGCCGAUAUCAAGGAGAUAGUCACCCCGACUCGCGUUGGCGAGCUGUCGGUGGCCCUCUCACCCGGCGCCGACCGCGACGUCUCCAGCCUCGGUCUACUCGCGCUGUCCAAGAUUGUCGACCUGAACUCGAGCGGGACGGAGGACGAAAAGGCAGCACGAUUAAAGGCAGUGUUUGACCCACUAGUUUCGAACGCCAUUGCAAAAAACUCGGAGGACCCCGCCGACCUCGUGCCUUCCGUCUCUCUACUCGCAAACCUCGCUCCGCUGGCGCCAGCAGCUGUUGUCGAUAUCCUAAAGCAGCCCCUGGGCCUCACGAAGGACGAGAAGGAGAACGACAUUGACCCUCUCGCGAUUUUGCUCGAGUUUGCGGAACUGCCCUCACCGCUACAGACUGCUCUCGCUGGCCUCUUCGCCGCACUCGCUGGCACGAAACAGGGCCGCGCACUCGUGCGCUCCCGUGCCCUCGGAUGGGUGGAGGCGGCAGCUGAUGCCGGCGGCAAUGCAGAGGGUGACGCUCAGGUGUUGUGUGCCGUCACGCUUUCAAAGCUCGGAAGAGGAGAGGCAGUGCCAGGCGAGCCGGAGGAGGAGCGGUUAGCGCGCGAGCAGCAGGCCGAAGAGGGGGAGGAGCGCUAUGCGAAGCAGCUCGCCGCGCACAUCAAGACGGCGUCGCCAAAUUCGCCAGCGCUGCUCUCAACGCUCGAAGGGCUCUCCGUUCUGACAACUAGGCCGGCAGUACGCGACGUGCUCUGCUCUGACCCGGCGUUCUUGAAGGCUCUCCUUGCUUUGAGCCCCAUUCCGCAUGCUUCGGGCGGUAGUCUUCCGGUCACGCCGAGAGAGAGCAUGGUGUCGCUUGACGAAAGCGCAGAACGCCCAGUCGACGGAGCCCUUUGCUACGGCCUGACGACGAUUCUGGUUAACCUGACGGCACGGAAACCAGUUCUCUCAGCUGAGGACGCACAGAUGGACCGACUGCGCCGUAUGGCGCUGAGCGGGAAGACGAGGGACGAGGCGGACCCGCACGAGUCCGAGGAGGCAGUCAAGAAGCGCGUUGAUGCCCUCGUGUCCGCCGGUGUGAUUCCGGCCAUGUCCGGCCUCGUGCGCGCCGGCAGUCUCCGCGUCAAGACGGGGCUUGGGCAGCUCUCCCUCGGCAUAGUCGACGACCGGAGUCACCGCGCAUCCUUCGUGCGCGACGGCGGAUUCCGAGUCCUCUCACACGUCAUCCGCGACCUGACCGCAAAGGACACGAGCAAAGAGGCUCUGCCUGCACUCCAAGCUCUGGCCAAGAUGGUCAUUUCCGUCCCGCCACAGCUCCUCUUCCCGGCCCCCUCGGAGGUGAACGCGCUUAACGCUCUGCGGCCAUUGGAACUCCUGCUGUGCCAUAGCGGCUCGAACCUGCUGCAAAAGUUCGAGUCCCUCAUGGCGCUCACCAACCUCGCGUCCGUGAACCCAGAGUUCGGGGACCGCAUCGUCACCGCCGAGCUGCCGGCGCCCGAGAACGCCCUCCGCGGCGCCGGCAGUGGGAGCAAGUCGAAAGUGGUCGAUGUCGUCGAGACGCUGAUGCUCGACGACAACACGCUCGUGCAGCGCGCAGCCACCGAGCUCGUGUGCAACCUCGUCAACUGCGAGAAGGGAUUCAUGCUCUUCUCGGGCGAGACCGUCAGCGGGGGCGAGCCGGCCAAUCCCCGCUCUGCCGCGCGGUUGGGCAUUCUCCUCCUCAUGACGGACGCGGACGACAUGGCGACGCGGCAAGCGGCAUCCGGCGCCCUGGCGUCGCUCACGGACUCGGGCGCAGCGUGCCACUCCCUCUUCGCCGGUGGCGGGAUUAGCACGAGCACGAAGCGGGAUGUCUGGGACCGCGUCGGGGAGCUCUUCGCGCCCGGCGGCGCACAGGCCGACGAUGACGGAGAGAGGAUCGAGCCGAUUUCCUCUGAGCCGCCAGACAUCGGACUGGCGCACCGUGGGGCUGUCAUCCUCGCCAAUCUGACGCGAUACCUCGCCAGCGAGGAGGGGGAAAGUGAGCGCAAGGAGCAGACGAUGAAGAUGAAGGAGGCCCGGGUUGAGGAGAAACUUGGCCGAGGGGCCAAGGCACUCAUGGGUGGCGGGCCGGAGACGAAGCCCGCCCUCGAGGCCGUGCUGGACGCGCUGAAGGGAAUGAGGGCGCUUGACGUGCUCGUAGCGGAGGGAAAGUAG